CGCUCCCUCUUUCUCUACCCUCUCUCAAAAGUCUCACACACUACUCUCUCGCUCAGUGUCAGGCUCUGUUGUGGGUCCAGGUUGCGUGGACUCACGGCGAAAACUUGUGGCGAAGAUGCGGGCGCUCGGGGCCGUGGGAGUCGGGGUACUGUGGGCACUGCUUGGCGCUCUGGUGCCCGGCGGUGCGUCGGAGCUGGUGACGCUGGUGCAGGAGCUGGUCAAGCCAGAAUCUGUCCUGCUGAAGCCAAAGGUUAUGAUCGCCAUUCUGGCUCGAAACGCUGCGCAUAGCCUGCCGCAUCACCUGGGCUGCAUAGAGAGGCUGGACUACCCAAAGGAGCGCAUAGCGAUCUGGGCUGCAACCGACCAUAAUAUGGACAACACUACUGCUAUGCUGAGGGAUUGGCUAAAGAGAGCUCAGCAUGUGUACCACUAUGUGGAGUGGAGACCCAUGGAGGAGCCAAAGACCUACACAGAUGAAUGGGGUCCCAAGCACUGGCCGCCUUCAAGGUUCAACCAUCUGAUGAAGCUGCGACAGGCGGCACUGAAGGCAGCCAGGGAAAGAUGGGCCGACUACAUACUAUUUGUAGACAGUGACAACCUGUUGACCAACCCACAUGUUCUCAACCUGAUGAUGGCUGAAAACAUGACUCUGGUGGCUCCAAUGUUAGAGUCUCGCUCGCUUUACUCUAACUUCUGGUGCGGCAUUACUCCACAGGGUUACUAUAAGAGAACCCCAGACUAUCAGCCAAUCAGGGAGUGGAAGCGGCUCGGCUGUUUCCCUGUUCCCAUGGUGCACAGCACCUUCUUAGUAGACCUACGUCGUGAAUCCAGCAGGGACCUGGCUUUCUACCCUCCUCACCCAGACUACAGCUGGGCGUUUGAUGACAUCAUGGUGUUUGCUUUCUCGGCCCGUCAAGCAGGUGUGCAGAUGUAUGUGUGUAACAGAGAGCACUAUGGUUUCCUGCCUGUCCCUCUCAAAGCACAGCAGAAUGUGGAAGAUGAAAGAGAGAGUUUCAUACACACCAUCACAGAGGCUUUGAUCGACCACGACAUUGAGCCCUCUGAGCACCUCUCCUUUCCGCCGUCAUCACAGGACACAAUUGGCUUUGAUAAAGUUUUGCUGAUCAACCUGAAGCGUCGGCUAGACAGAAGAACCAGGAUGUUGAAAACAAUGGCUUCUCUGGGUUUACAUGCCACGCUGACAGAUGCAGUGGAUGGCAAGGCUCUGAAUACGUCCCAGCUGCAGGCACUCGGAAUAGAAAUGAUGCCAGGCUACAAGGACCCGUACUCUGGUAGAGUGCUGACGCGAGGGGAGAUUGGUUGCUUCCUCAGCCAUCACUCCAUAUGGACACAGAUGUUGGAGCAGGGCCUCCAGAGUCUAGUGUUAGAGGACGAUGUGAGGUUUGAGCCCAGGUUUAAACGUCGACUCCAGGCCAUAAUGGAUGACAUAGACAAAACCAAGCUGAACUGGGACCUCAUCUACGUGGGGCGUAAGCGUAUGCAGGUGCAGCAGCCGGAGCAGUCGGUGGAUGGUGUAAACAACCUGGUGAAGGCCGACUACUCCUAUUGGACGCUAGGCUAUGCGCUUUCACAGCAAGGAGCCAGGAAGUUACUGGCUGCAGAUCCAUUAACAAAGAUGCUGCCUGUUGAUGAGUUUCUGCCUGUCAUGUUCAACAAACACCCCAACACCCAGUUCUUGUCUCACUUUGAGCCAAGGGACCUGCUGGCCUUCUCCGUGGAGCCUCUGCUAAUCUACCCUACACACUACACCGGAGAGCCUGGCUACAUCAGCGACACAGAGACCUCCACCAUCUGGGACGACGAAGCCGUUGCGACAGACUGGGACCGGCAGCACGCUCGCAAGACAGCCCAACAGGGCACAAUCCGGUCUGUGGCACAGAACAGCGUCACUGGAGACUCCCCGCCUCCCGCAGCUCGAGCCUCACGGGAUGAACUCUGAUACACACACCUGAGACUGAUAGACUCCUGUUAACUGUGCAGUGUACACACGGUUGGAUGUCAGGUGUACAGACACAGAAAGAAAAAACUACAAGCUGACAUACUGUACAUUGACUCUUGGAUAAAAGUGGAGUUCUGAUGUAGAUAAAGGGACACUGAGGAGAGGAAGAGGAAGAGUCACUGGGACGAGGGCCCGCAGGCCUUUGACAAAACCUUUUAUUUAUUCCCCAUGUGCCUCCUCUGGGCAUGUAGAGAGACAAACACCCAACACAUGGAUGGAAGCUAACAUUAUUUUUAGGAUGUGAAAGAGAAAAAAAACCCUCAAAAUCAAGUUUUAUAUUGUUUAAGAGGAAUUAUUGUUAUUUAAAAAGAAAAACAUGUGUUCUGUUUGUUGGACAGCCGAGGAAUAAAGACACUUUUUUGCUGUUAGAAAACAACUCUUUAGUGUGUGUGUGGACAUACGCAUGUGAUUAAAGAAUUGAACAUGUGUGGGAGGAGGGAGGCUGACAUGCUGCACCCAAGAGUGUCACUACUUCCUAUGACAUCGCACGCACGCACACACACAUAAAUACAAUAUUGUUUCUUUAGAUGUUAUUAAGCUCAGUGUUAUACCUCAUUCACGCAGCAGGCUGGCCCUGCUCAUAAGCAUUUCACAGCAUUAGUCAUACAAGCAACACAUGUAGCCUGUUGGAUGUAUGAUAGACACGAAUGUGUCCACCUCAGACCUCUGCUUUCAGAAUAUAUCUGUGUUAUAGAUUUAGCAAAGACUGAAUUAUUGAUUUAUUAAUGUCCUCAGGCUCUCAGUUUAGCUUUGGUGCUGGGUUGAACCAAUAAAAGAAAUUCUCUUUAAA